GGCCAACUACGCGAACGAUGCCGCGGCCUUGAUGGCGCAGGCUGAGAAGAAGCUCAACUCGGGCGGUGGCUUUUUUGGCAUGUUCUCCAACCCGACGCUCAAGGCCGAAGAGGCUGCUAGCCUCUAUCGUGACGCUGGCGUCAAGUUCAAGGUGGCCAAGAUGUGGCAGGAGGCCGGCGAAGCCUACAUCAAGUCAGCGGAGGCCUUUGUCAAGGCUGAGCUGCCGCACGAGGCAGCAACUUCCUAUCAAGAGGCCGUGACACCCUUCAAGAAGGUGUCACAGGACGACGCCGUCAUGUGCAUGGAAAAGGCUGCAGCCACCUACCUUGAUAUGGGCCGGUUUGCCAUGGCCGCUAAGCAAUUCAAGUCGAUCGGUGAGGUGGCGGAGAAGGACCUGGCGGAUUUGACCCGGGCCAAGGAGUUUUACAAGCGCGCUGCCGAUGCGUUUGAGAGUGAGGACUCACAAACCAGCGCCGACAAGCUCAAGCUCAAGAUUGCUUCCAUCUCCGCUCAGGAGGAGGAGUAUGAAGAGGCUUGGACCCUCUUUGAAGAGGUCGUGGAGCGCAUGGUGGAUAAUAACCUCCUCAAGUUUGGCUCCAAGGAGUACUAUCUCAAGGCUGGCGUCUGCCGUCUCCUCUCGGGUGACGUGGUUGCCACCAAGCGCGCCUUUGAAGGCUACACAGUGCAGUACUCUGCCUUUGGUGAUACGCGCGAAUGGCGCUUGCUUCAGGGCCUCAUUGAGGCUUGUGAGGAAAACGACGUUGAAAAGUUUCAGCAGGCGUUGGCGGAGUAUGAUAGCGUACAGAAGUUGGACUCGUGGAUGACCACCAUCUGCUUGCGCCUCAAGAAGACGCUUUCUGCUGAAGAAGAUAUCUUGUAGUUUUCUGACUCACAUACUCGCAGUGCAGUGACAAUUUUUGCCACUGCUGCCGCCACAAACACCACUAUCGGCCAAUAACACUCGGAAGACAUGACGAAGCCUUUAUUUCGUUGCUGCGUGACAGAUGUAUGUGUGUUUGGGUCGUGUGCCUCAGAGCUUGAGGUGUCGCUUAUAUUUCUCUUCUUCUCUCAUUCUGAUGGUCUGAUCCUGAAGUCACAACCCGCGUUGUCGUUUCGUGAUCGUUUCAUGUUCCAUGUCCCAUGUCGAGUCGUUCGUUGCGGUUUUUUUGUUUUUUUUUUGUGUGAAGUUUUGUGUGAACAGACGCCACGCUGUGACGCGGAAGACUAUGCAAACAGCACCUUGGGCAUUUAGUCUUAACUCUGCUCAAUCGAUAGGGUAUUUG